ACAACGUCACUUAACUUCCGGCUUUGUUCCGCUGUCUCCCGGCUUGAGAUGUAGCAGUUUCAUGCUAGGCACGAGAUGCGGUUCUGGUAAAACGUAACCGCAUAAUUUCAACUUUCUGUAACCGACAGGCAUGUAGCGACGACUGUAGACUAAACACUACAAUUCGGUUUGUGGGGGGUGGGGGGGGUUAGCGUAAUUUUGUCUCAAAAACUACCAAGCUUCACAUGAUUGUAGUUUACAAACAGUAACUAGCGUUACGGUGCGCGACGUCACAACCAACACCGGACGAGUUGCCUCUUGUCCCCCACAAAAUAUUACUACGACGACUCCCCAAGACCAAAAAAAUGCCAUCGAGAAAUCAUCUUGACAAAAUCGGGAGGAAGAAGAAGAAGAAAUGGACAGAGGAGGCCAUGGAACGUGCACUGAUCGAGGUGAAGUCAGGAAGGUGUACGGUGAGACAGGCUGCCAAGGAGUUUGGAGUCCCUAAAUCUUCGCUGGGGGACAGAGUCAGCGGACGGGUGACACCAGGGAGUCGCAGCGGCCCAGCUCAGCUUAUAACAUCUGCUGACGAGGAGCUCUUGGUGGAGUUCUCUUUAUACAUGUCCAAGCAUGGAUUCCCACUGACCAAGCAACAGCUAGUGUCCUUUGCCUCAUCCAUUUAUAAGAGGCAGCACCGGAGGGUGGCAUUUUCUAAACUAGGCCAGACCUGGUGGCUCAAUUUUAGAAAACGGCAAGAAAAGAAUAUUACCAUUCAGCCAGCAGACAGUGUUGUCCGUGGGAGGACAGCAUGUGUAAGAAAGGAAGCAGUGGAUCAGUUUUUUCAUUUACUGAGCACUGUCAUCGACGCUCAUGGGCUCAGAGACAAGCCUCACCAAAUCUUCAACUGCAAUGAAACAGGCUUUCAGCUGGGCAGGAAGAGGGUGAUUCUCCCCAAAUCUGCCAGUCUGGGCCAGAAGCCAAUGCCAGGCUUGAGAGACCACAUCUCCGUCCUGGCUUGCUUUAGCGCAGCUGGAGAGGACAUUCCCCCAUUUAUUAUCUACUCAAAGGCCUAUCCAGGGGCAGUAUGUUACAAGACACAAGGACCUCCAAAUGCCCUCUAUGGAUGGUCAGACUCGGGGUGUAUCAACUCUGACCUUUUCAAGAAAUGGUUCCUCAAACACUUCCUCCUGCACGCACCAAGGGAGCGUCCACUGCUGCUGAUUUUCGAUGGCCACAAGUCUCCCGUGAACCUUGAGGUGGUAGAAGCAGCUCGUAAGGAGGACGUCAUCCUUCUGUGUUUUCCGCCUCAUUGCUCUCACAUCCUGCAGCCACUCGACGCGGGUCUCUUUGUUCUCCUGAAGCAUCGUUUUGCAUCACUCAUAGGUGAUGGUUGUGAUACUCACUUCGCAGUCAGCAAAAAGGAGUUCUCAGGUGUAUUUAAAGGGACGUAUCAGGUAGUGAAGGAGGAAGAGGGCGUCAGGACUGUGAAGGAAGGCUUCAGGAAAUGUGGCAUCUACCCACUGAACCACUUCGCCAUCAACGAGGGUCAUUUAAUGCAAUCGCACAGCAUGGGCCCAGCAGCUGGACCCUCCUUGUCUACAUCAGCACAGGGGGUGCACACUGUAGGAGAACUCACAGCUGCUGAACCCUCCUCCUAACUCAUUACUACCGAAGACUGUCAGUCAGCUGUCAGUACCUCCUGGGGAAAGAGAUUGACUGCAUAAUUUGACAAAACCUGAAUGAACACAGACUAGUUCUAUCAUUUGCAGCACUGAAUGGGUGCCCAGCCUCCCUGCAGAGCGCUCUGUUUGUCAGCUCGCCAGAAGAAAGGGAAGAAUUGACCCUGCAGGAUGAUCCCAGGGGGAAAAAAUUGAAUAAAGGGUGAGGACAUUUUUGGAAAGUGAGGACAUUUUGGCCGGCCCUCACAACUUCAAAGGGCUGCUUGACGGGUAAAACUUGGGUUUACGGGUUAGGUUAGAAUUAGGUUAUGGGGUUAGGCAUUUAUUUGUGAUGGUUUAAGGUUGGGGUAAGGGGCUAGGGAAUGCAUUAUGUCAAUGACAGUCAUAUAAUUACUGUGUAAACAGUCAAUUAAGUCAAUGUUUACAUCUUUACAGCUUAAAAAUAAAGUGGAUAACUCUGAAAA